GAUACGCGACGUGUUUUGGUGGACGCAUAGGAAGUAUUGCGGAAGAAGAGGAGGAGGCUUCUUCGUUACGGCUAACAAACGAAGCUAAUUAUCCGUCCGAGAAGUUGCUUCUUUAUUGCCUUUUACGCCUAAAACAAACACCCGGAAAGUAAGGGGCAAAGAUGACCGCCGCGCCUUACAACUACUCCUACAUCUUCAAGUACAUCAUCAUCGGUGACAUGGGCGUGGGCAAGUCGUGUUUACUGCACCAGUUCACAGAGAAGAAAUUCAUGGCCGACUGCCCUCACACCAUCGGCGUGGAGUUUGGCACCAGGAUCAUGGAGGUCCAUGGCCAGAAGGUGAAGCUUCAGAUCUGGGAUACGGCGGGCCAGGAGCGCUUCAGGGCUGUCACCCGGUCCUACUACAGGGGAGCCGCCGGGGCCCUCAUGGUCUAUGACAUCACCAGGAGAAGCACCUACAAUCAUCUCAGCAGCUGGUUGACGGACGCCAGGAACCUGACCAAUCCAAACACGGUGAUAAUCCUGAUUGGCAACAAAGGCGACCUGGAGGCGCAGAGAGACGUCACGUACGAGGAAGCCAAACAGUUUGCGGACGAGAACGGUUUGCUCUUCCUGGAGGCCAGCGCCAAGACAGGCGAGAACGUAGAGGAGGCCUUCCUGGAGGCAGCCAAACGAAUCUACCAGAACAUCCAGGAUGGCAGCUUAGACCUGAAUGCUGCCGAAUCAGGAGUGCAGCACAAGCCGUCCGCGCCGCAGGGAGGGCGACUCAACGCGGACAGCCAGCCACCCAAAGACGGAUGCAGCUGCUAACCAAUCAACGGACCAAACGACGGACACAAAGACGGACGCAUUGCUUCUUUUUUGCUUUGUCGGCUCUCCUGGUCGGGAGUCUCUCUGAACUCACCUGAAUCCCCAACGUCUCGUUCCGGAACCCUCAAGCAGGAAGUACGUUUCAACACAAGUCUGCUUCACUCGCCCCCUCACAGAAUUCCCCAAAAGAGAAAUAAACAUUGUUCUUGCACGUGGAUGUGAAAGUGUACCCGUCACAUUCCAGGGGUUGCUCCUCUCUCAGACCCCAAAAACCCAUCACUUUUUUUUUUUUCUGUCCUCUACGGCUACACCCUGUUAAGUCCAUAUGCUCUGUUGUCCUUCAUUCCGGUUUCUUCUGGACUGAAAGAUUCCAAACCUUUUUGUCCUCUCUUGCGCUCAUUCCCUUGCCACAAUGCAUUUGGUAGCUCAAAGAAGCAGUUCUACUUCAGUCCAGGUCCCAAAAAAAAUCUGCAAUGAUAAUAGGCAAGAUAAUGGGAUUGGAAAGUCAAAGAAAUCUCUCUGAUGGACUGGAUGAAUUUAGUUUCGAGUCCAAAGUUCACCCCUAUUUUCAUUUCCAGACCAAACAUGUUGACAAAGUAAGGUCCUAAACCAGUUGUCUAUCAGUCCAGGUCAGAAAGAACUGGAACAAUCACAUACUGAGUCAAAUGACGAGAAAAUUCACUUGAAAUGUUAGUUCUCGACUGGGGGAUCUUCCAAACAUUCCUGUAUCACAAAUGUGGAUUAGUUACCUCAAAAACCAGGUCCCCUUUCUGGAAUGGAAUGGAUCUAGAAUGAUUGCCAACUUGGAACUCCAAACAGUCCACAAGUACCGUUUCUUUCGGACUGCAACCUGUUGCAUGUUUCAUGUCCGAAGACUCUCAUUCUCAGACCAUAAUGGUGGACUAACUAGGUUCUGAACCAGGUCUUCUACAAUCUGGUAGGAAAGAACCAGAUGACUUGCAGACUGGAACAUAGGUACAGACCGUCCAGCAAGACCAAUUUUUCUGGACUUGAAGUCCAGAGUCCACCAAGAGUCUCAUUUCUAAAUUAGACACGUGGACCAAGAAAGCCCUAAAGCUCGUCCCUCUUUGUGUGCCUCACAAAGAUUCGAAAUCCAAAUACCAGUCCAGAAUCUCAAGGUUCAAUGAUCCUGGCUCGUUCAAUUAGUGUUUCAUCCCAUUUUUUUCUCUCUCCAAUGACAAACGUCUUGAACAUGAAAGUGUGGUUCUAGGAAGGUCCAAAGGUUUUUGAAGGAACGUAAAAACAGACUUUUUAAAGUUCCUUUUUUUUUUUAAUGAGACAUUUUUUUGGGUUAUUAUUUAAAGUCCUUCAAUUGAAUGUUUUUUUUUGUUUAAUGUUUUCUAGCAACCCCAAAAUGCUAGCUCACUUACAGUACACUCAUUCCUGAUGUAGCAUUCCGGGUGCGUUUUAGCUCGCUCGCUUCCUUUACGGGCCUCCUAGCUAAACGAGCGCAGGCGCAGCCUCUGUAGUCCCGUUGAGUUAACGCUAAAAUAUUUUUGGGGGACGAUGGGGGGUGUUUAAGUGUGCACUUUUUGCUGCUUUGUGAUUGGUUGACAGCAGCCCCACCUUCGGUCAGCAUCUUUGCUUGUCUGUCUCAAUGUAUGUUUAGCAAUUGUUCAAUAUUUUAAAAAAAUAAACUUUUCUUCUUGGAGACACUAAUGCAUUUAAAUCUAUAGUAA